CCCCGCAGGACAAUAACGGCCGCCGACCGCGGUAGCAGCCGCCCUACUCUGGCGGAAGCGGAUACACCGCUACCGGGAAAAGUCGCUUUCCGGGUUAACAGGAAAGGAAUAUUUAAAAAACACACACACACACACCCCAGCUUAAACCUAACAUUAAAGAGAGAAGGAAAAUUCAAUCGCUUAUUGGUCGAUGCUGCCCUCUUCCGUCGGGUGAUGUCACAGGGCCGUCCCCUUUUGAUGUCAGUCAAAGACGAGCUGACCCUCCUCCGCGCAUACAUACUAGACUGCUUGCAAGUCUGCUUAUAGCCACGGCAGAUCACUUGGGCUUUCCAAAAUAGUGCCUGGGGAUGAUGGGCACGGUAGUUCAACACCAGUUGGAGAGCCAAGAUCGCUCGUAACAGGGAGGCACUCCCUGGCUCUCCCGCGGUUGUUGGACUACAGUUCCCAUAAUGCCUAGCCAGAGUCCAAUAUUCAGAGACGCUGUGAGUUGUAGGAGAGCCGAAGUUAUAGGAUUACAACAGUUUGAAAGUCGGCUGUUUAUUUAUUUGCUCAUAACUCCUUGUGAUAGUCCAUUUUCGGGCGGGCAACCUGGUUUGUUUAGUCUUACAAGCCAGUACUCGGCCCUCUCGGAACAGAAUAAUAUCCCUCCAUGUUUAUAGUAAUGUGCCCGCUUCCCCCGCACCUAAAGGAUUGGAAACUAACGGCUCCACAGAAGCUUUCGGCCAGGUGGCAUUCAUCUUAAUUCUGGACACAAACACACGCGCGGAGAUAGAAAAGAAGGCGCCGACAAAGCAACUCGUCCUAGAGUUCAAUGGGACUACUUUGUUGAGACCGGCGCUUGGAAGCAAGUCCCACUUAGUUGGGCUUUCAAAACUACAAAGGACUCCUGCAUCUGUAAGCGACCAUACACUUGACAAGUGUCACUUGUGCCUACUUGCUUGGAUAACAAAGAUGGUGGCUUCCCCAUAUUCCCUUUCCUAUGUAUAAGUAACUUCCGGAAAGUGUUUGCGGAGGGCGUCGCUGGUUCCAACAACAUAAAUAUUUUUCCGUGGUUACAACGAGGAGGAGAAGCGAGAGGAAUGGCGCAAGUGAGCAGGCGGACACUAGAGUGGAUAUACUCGCUGAUUCUUCUCACCACUGUAUUGCUUUCAUGGGGGUAUGUAAUUUAUGCAUCACGAAUAGCAGCCCAAUGGCAGCUGCAGGAGGACUACCCCACAGAAACACAGAGGUUUUGAGACACGCGGAAGCAGGAAGACUUUCUACAACCAUGCAGAAAAUUUGAUGGCAUUAAGUCCAGCCACACUGCUAACCACAGAUUGUUUUUAAAAAUCUAAAUUCAAAGGAUCAAGCAGUUUUUCAAAGCUCUGAUAGUAAUACUUAAACGUCAGAAGUAUGGAUUAGAUAGGCUAGACUACAAAAAACACUUGCAAGGAUUUGAUAUAGUUUUAGCCCAACGUAAAGGAUCUCUCUCUUACAUCAGUGUUUGGUAUUCAGCUGUGAAAACAGACCAGCAGGCAUUUGAGUCCCAUUCACUUUCUUUGAGAAUUAUGCUGGCACAGUCCAGAGAAAUGAGGCCUGAGGUUGGCAUCCUACAAGAGCCACUGUUCAUAGAACCCCACUAAUUUUAUGCCUAUAGGCCUGUGAUUUGAUUGACAGUCUUGAGAUGGAGAGAUUGGCUGUUACUUCUACAUUUAAAACUGAUUAUACAAUUGUAUCUUACUAUUAAAACAAUACAUUGCUAACUGAAUAAUGCAACAGUUAAUUUCUUCGACUGAACCUAUUGCAAGAAACUUAUUGUAUAUGAAAUGCUCAAUGGUACAAAGUUUGGAUACGCACAAGAGUGUUGGGGUUUGCCUUCACAUUGUAUUUCCAUGUCUAGGUCAAUUAUCACUCUUGAGAGACUGAAGUUGAGCAGUGAUUAAAUGAGAAAUUAAAGCAUUUCUUUUUCUAGAAACAGUAGGACUGAAAAAUAAAGACUCCCAAAUCUAGUUACUUAAGUGUUAUUUUGAAUAAGCAGUCAUCUGCAUCCCACACCUUAAUGGUACACACUACUUAGAUUUAAUGUAAACCACUCUGAGCCAUUUUGGAAGCGUAGUAUAGGAAUUGAAUGAAUGAAUAAAUAAAUACUUCAACUAGUCAACUCUACACAGAGCAUCUGUGUGCUCUUUGGGGCCAGCAGUUACCUCUCCCCCGCCACUUCUGCCCCAGUCUCUCCUUCCAGGCCCAGCCACCUCUCCUCCCCACUGCCAAUUCUGCCCCCCACCCCCUUCUUUCCCCUCUCUUGGGCCUUGCCUCUGUGGCCGGGCCAGGUCCAUCACCUCUGGCCUCAAUGGCUGGGCCACCGCCACAGCAACCAAUCCUGGGUGCGCCUCAGCCAAUCAGCUGGGCUCUGGGACUCACAUUCCAAGGCACACCCAGGAGAAUUAAUAUAAUAGAUUAUAAUGAAAGUGUAUUAUCAAAUCUUUGUGAAAGAAACCACUUUACAUCAGAUCAGCAAAGCUUGAGUAUACAUAUUUGUAAAUUUUAUAGCUGAUUGAUUUUGCUAAGGAAUUAUGCUAUAGCAUUAUAGAAGUCAACAGGAACAGGGCUAUUCAAUUUUUACACAGGAUUAUUUAACCUUGUGAUCUGCAUGUAAAUAUUUAAUCACUUUGGCUCUCUCUAACAGCAUACAACACUUACCAAGUAUGGCUUGUUCAGUUAUGUUUGUAAAUAGAUGGACUGUUAUCCAGCCUAAAAAGUUGCUUAUCUUUUACACUUGUGGAGUAAAUUUUACUGCAGUUUUUAUAAAAUGUAAGGCCAACAACAGUAUCUGUUUUUGCUAAAUUAAAUGAUAAAUGCUG